GAAUCAGUGAGCCAUAGAGUGGAAUAAAUCCAUCCAUGGCCGAUCUCAUCGCUGUCAAGUCUCUAUUUCUGUUUCGAUUAUGAAGCCCCUUCAAUGAUUUUCAGUGGGUUUAAAAAGUGGAAGUGAUAGUGUGGCGGCGCGGUCUUGGUGAUAGGGCUCGUUGGUCGUCGGCACUAUGUUUAGCGGGACCGUGCGAGUUAAGGUGUGCGAGGCGACGGGCCUCAGGCCGACCGACUUUCAGAAACGGCACAACAUGACCUUCGGGAAGCCAGAUGACCAACCCAUUGAUCCGUACGUGUCUAUCGACGCCGACGAGCACCAUCUAGACCGGUCCAGCACUAAACCCAAAACAUUUGACCCUAUAUGGAACGAAACUUUUAUACAUGAAGUACAGAAUGUCACCAGCUUGGGUAUCACAGUAUUUCAUGAUGCAGCGAUACCUCCUGAUGAUUUUGUUGCAAACUGCACCAUACCAUUUGAAGAUCUGAUGCAUCGUGAAAAAGAUGCUACUGAUUUUUGGGUGGACUUGGAACCUCAGGGGAAGCUGCAUCUGAAGAUUGAUCUUAAAUGGAACUGUCAAGGAGUGGCCGGGGGGGCGGGCGCGGCUCGCGCUGCCCGGGGACGCGAGUUCAAGGAAGGUGCGGGGUUCGCGCGGCGUCGCGGGGCGCUCAGGAGACGAGUCCAUCAGGUCAACGGUCACAAGUUCAUGGCCACUUUCCUCAGGCAGCCCACAUUCUGCAGCCACUGCCGCGAGUUUAUAUGGGGUAUCGGAAAACAAGGCUACCAAUGUCAAGUGUGUACGUGCGUGGUUCACAAGCGGUGCCACUCGUCCGUCGUGACGAAGUGCCCGGGGAUGAAGGAAGAGCAGCAGAGCAGCGUGGGUGUGUCCGGUGGCCAGCGGUUCAACGUGAACGUCCCUCACCGGUUCGUGGUCCACUCGUACAAGCGGUUCACGUUCUGUGACCACUGCGGCUCGUUGCUCUAUGGACUCAUCAAACAGGGCCUGCAGUGCGAGGUGUGCUCUAUGAACGUCCACAAACGCUGUCAGAAGAAUGUGGCCAACAACUGCGGCAUCAACACCAAGGCCAUGGCGGAGAUCCUCAGUGAGAUGGGCAUCUCGCCGGACAAGAACCCGCGACCCAGGGCCUCCAAGUACUUGAACACUCCGCUGCUGGAGGGUCCGCCGGAGCUGGUCGACCUCAAGGACGAGAAGCAAGACGACAAGGGUCCGUGGGCGGAGCUGGCCGACAUCUUCGCGUGUUACGAAGUUGUUAACGUGAGUGAUGAUGGUGUAGGGCAGCAGGCGGCCCGGCACGCGCCCCGCGACCUCCUCGGCUUGGACGAGGCGCCGUGUCCGACAGGCGAGCCGCGGGCCAGGGCGGUGCUGGACGACUUCACGUUCAUUAAGGUGCUGGGAAAGGGAUCCUUCGGCAAGGUGAUGCUGGCAGAGAAGAAGGGGACCGACGAGGUGUACGCGGUGAAAGUCCUCAAGAAAGACGCUAUCGUCCAGGACGACGACGUGGAGUGCACGCUGACGGAGCGGCGCGUGCUGGCGCUGGCGGCGCGGCAUCCCUUCCUCACGGCGCUGCACUGCGCCUUCCAGACGCCCGAGAGACUGUUCUUCGUCAUGGAGUACGUGGACGGGGGCGACCUCAUGUUCCAGAUACAGCGCGCCCGCAAGUUCGACGAGCCGCGGGCCAGGUUCUACGCCGCCGAGGUGACGCUCGCGCUCACCUUCCUACACGACCACGGAGUCAUCUACAGGGACCUCAAGUUGGAUAACAUCCUGCUGGACAGCGACGGACACUGCAAGCUGGCGGACUUCGGCAUGUGCAAGGAGGGCAUACUCGACGGCGCCACCACCACCACGUUCUGCGGGACCCCGGACUACAUCGCUCCCGAGAUCCUCCAGGAGUUAGAGUACGGUCCGUCCGUGGACUGGUGGGCGCUGGGCGUGUUGCUGUACGAGAUGCUGGCGGGUCAGCCGCCCUUCGAAGCCGACAACGAGGACGACCUGUUCGAGUCCAUUCUGCACGACGACGUCCUCUACCCCGUGUGGCUCUCCAAGGACGCCGUCUCCAUACUCAAAGGUUUCAUGACCAAGAACCCCUCCCGGCGCCUGGGCGUGCUGGGCGGCCCGGCCGGCAUCAAGCAGCACGCGUUCUUCAAGGACAUGGACUGGGACGCGCUCGCGCAGAGGAGGCUGCGUCCGCCUUUCAGGCCCAAGGUGAAGAGCAAGCGCGAGGCGGCCAACUUCGACGCAGAGUUCACCAAGGAGGAGCCCUGCCUCACUCCCGUGCCGCCCGACGUGCUGCGAGCUAUUAACCAGGAGGAAUUCAAGGGCUUUUCGUUCGUGAAUAAGGACUUCAACCCGGCACCGCCACCGGACCGGCCGCCGCCGACAUGAGCGCGCCCACCUCGCGCCCUCCGCGCCCACCACGCGAUCACCACGCGCCCACAGCCGCCCGUCCCCGCGCGGCUCCCGGGCGGGGUCCGUCUGUCCGCGGGACCGUCCUCGGACCGACCGACGCCCGUCCUCCGACCACCUUCACGUCGAUGACAGGCGACGCGCGACACCAGCCCGUCGAGGAGGACCCUCACCGCUUGCGAUGGACUUUGUGCGUGUUAUGUUUAAUAUAGAUUACAAGGGCGACGGCUCGGCUCGGCCUCACGGAGCACGCUGCACUUAGAGCUCACGUUACGGUAUCGGAUAAUAUGUAGCUGGAGACGUUCUUAUUUGAAACGUGUCGUUAGUGUAACUAGAGUGAGCCGACGUGCCCCCACAACCUCCCCUCCCCUCCCCUCCCCCGCACCCAGAGACUCGCACAAACGUCGUAUACAUAGUAAUGGUUAACUUAGGUCCUAAGGUUAUUAAACUUGUAAGAUUAUAGACCCCCUAAUACCUCGUUGUUAAAGAUGCCAAACCUUGGAGCAGACAUCUGUCGCUAGUAUCGAGCGAUGUGUUGUAUAUAAUGUAUCACCGUCUCCCCCCACCCCUACCCCGGCUCCCCUCCCCUCCCCCUCCCCCUCCCCCCACUGACAUUAUAUAGUGAGAUGUUAUUGUAUUGUUGUGUUGUUUGUCGUCCGUGGGUUCAACUUGAGCGCGACGUCCGAUAACCCCAUUUUGAAGGGCGUCUUGUUGAAUGUGUGUCUGUGUGCGUGUGUUUGUGUCACCUUGUAUGUGUGUGUGUAUUUUCUUUCUACAUAGUCAUUAAUUUAUUGUCACUAGCUUAGGUUUUUUUAAAUCUCGCGGAUGAUGAAGCUUGUUUAAGGCUUUAAUAUCGUAAGGUAGGAGAUUCCCGAUGUCGUCUCUGUCGUGUCGAUGUCGUAGGGUAGUCGGUUCCUAAGGGUGACGGGAUGUGUCUCCUGUCCGCUUCCAGUCCGCCGGGUCGGACCGUCACACCUUACGUUAGUUAAAUAAUAUAUGACGAGUCUAAGCCGAGAGUUGGAUGUGUGUGUGUGUGUGUGUCUGUUGUUUACUGCGUUGUAGUCUUUAUAAGGAAAUAUUAAUUUGAGUACUGAGAGUACAAAGACGUUCACGUGACGCCCGUGUCGCGGAGUCUGUUGCGUGACGUGCGGGUAGAGCGAGGUUACCGAGCGGUAGAUAGCGGCUCACCAGCUAUUUAGUCAGACUAUGAACUUCCCACGCGGACGCUUCGUGUACUUAACGAACCAAAGUUUAAUUGAGUAGUCGUAGGGUAGGGGUCGCGGGUGUCCGGGCUGGGGUCGCCUGCACGCGGACGUGGACCCGCUGUUUAUUUGUUUCGGUCAUUUGUAUUUUAGAUUCGAUACUCGUUUAGAUUGGAUCGACGCCUAAAUAAUGUAUCGCUUAAGUAAGUCGUUAGCCUCGUGUUUGUAGUUACUUUGUACUUAGCGGCGAAAGAGGAGAGGGGCUUUGUGCUCGAGAGGAAGUUACGAGGUUUCAGGACACGGAGCACGGGGCACGAGUCUCGUGGCUUGGAGAUUGAGUCUCGGGGUACGAGAAUCUAACCUCGGGCCUCAGGGAUCUAAUCUCCGGGCUCGGUUCUCGAAUUUCGGGGCUCGGAGAUGGAGUGUUGGGGCCCGGGGUUUGAGUCUCAGGGCUCGAGGCUCGAAUUUCGGGGCUCGGAGAUGGAGUGUUGGGGCCCGGGGUUUGAGUCUCAGGGCUCGAGGCUCGAAUUUCGGGGCUCGGAGAUGGAGUGUUGAGGCCCGGGGUUUGAGUCUCAGGGCUCGAGGCUCGAAUUUCGGGGCUCGGAGAUGGAGUGUUGGGGCCCGGGGUUUGAGUCUCAGGGCUCGAGGCUCGAAUUUCAGGGCUCGGAGAUGGAGUGUUGAGGCCCGGGGUUUGAGUCUCAGGGCUCGAGGCUCGAAUUUCGGGGCUCGGAGAUGGAGUGUUGAGGCCCGGGGUUUGAGUCUCAGGGCUCGAGGCUCGAAUUUCGGGGCUCGGAGAUGGAGUGUUGAGGCCCGGGGUUUGAGUCUCAGGGCUCGAGGCUCGAAUUUCGGGGCUCGGAGAUGGAGUGUUGAGGCCCGGGGUUUGAGUCUCAGGGCUCGAGGCUCGAAUUUCGGGGCUCGGAGAUGGAGUGUUGGGGCCCGGGGUUUGAGUCUCAGGGCUCGAGGCUCGAAUUUCGGGGCUCGGAGAUGGAGUGUUGAGGCCCGGGGUUUGAGUCUCAGGGCUCGAGGCUCGAAUUUCGGGGCUCGGAGAUGGAGUGUUGGGGCCCGGGGUUUGAGUCUCAGGGCUCGAGGCUCGAAUUUCGGGACACAUGGCUUGUGGCUCGACUCUCGGUGCUCGGGAUCUAAUCAGGGGACUCGGUGCUCGAAUUCUUGGGCUCGAUAUUCUAGUGUCGGGGUCCGGGGUUUGAUCCUGGGGGUUGGGGUCGAGUCUAGGGGUUUGGGGCUUGGGGAUCUAGUCUCAGGGUCACGAGGCUCGAAUAUCGGGGCUCGGUGUUCGACUCUCGAGGCUUGGGAUCUGAUCUCAGUGGUCAGUGCUCGAAUUUUGGGGCUGGAGGUUUGAAAGUUGGGGUCUGGGGCUUGGAGCCAGAGGUUCGAGUACCGGUAAGUGUCGACGUACCGAUGGUCAGGGUGGGUGCGUUGUCCUGCAUCGCUCAGUGCGUCUGGUCCGUGUCCCGAGCCACGUCACUUGUUUCCUCGGGAUAAUCCUUAAAGUAGUAUUAGAUAUAUUUACCAAAAAUUAAUUUAGAUGAGUGUUUACUUUACGUACUAGUGUGCGUCGCCUCUAUUUAUUUGUGUGCGUGUCCGUCUGUGUACUCGGUGUAGUGUGCGCGCGUGUGUGUGUGUUCUGUUUGUCUGUGUGCGGUCAGUCCGGAUGUUCCAUAACGUGUUCCGUUCUGGACAUGCUUUAACGCAUAAUAAUAACGACUUUAAAUAAUGAUAUGUUAAAUAAUUUUACGAUGUAUUUUAUAGUUUGUUUUCGUUUAGUCAAACUAACAGAAUGUCGAUAUGAAGCACAACAUGUUGUAAUAAUUAUAUAAAGGUUUAUUGAAGUGUACAAGUUAUCAUAUGUAACUAUUUUAUAGCAAUCGUUCCAGUGUCUCCCCCCUCUAUGUUUAUAUUCUGUCCCUGUUCCUCGUAUAUGUCAGAGCGAGACGGCAUCCAGUUUAGGAUCGCCCCGCUCGUCGUCCGUCGGUAAAUAUUUACAAUUUUUUUAAAUAUGUUUUUACGAUAUUUUUUAGUAUUAUGAAGUAUUAGUAGCUUCUUAAGUAGAAAAACAUAGCGAAGUGAAAACAGAAUCUCUGUCCGUCUGUUUAUGUCGACGAACGACUUCCGAGUCGGUAGUGCCGAGUGCUAGUCAUGUGGAGCGAGGACGGCUCGUGCUUUAAGUUGUUAUGUUUGAGAGCUUUAUUGUUUUAAAAAACAAACCGACUCGUGCUGCAGCGGCUUGUGCGUGUGUCUGUUUGUGUAUGUCUGUUUCUGUCUCUGUGUGUGAGUGUGUGCGUGUGUGCGUGUGUCUGUGUGUAUCUGUGUGUGUGUGUGUGUGUCUGUGUAUGUGUGUGGCUGUGUGUGUGUAUGUGUGUAUCGGUGGGUGUGUAUGUGUGUAUCGGUGGGUGUGUGUGUGUGUGUGGGUGUGUGUUUGUGUAUCGGUGUGUGUUUGUGUCUGCGUGUAUCUGUGUGUGUGUGUGUGCUUGCGUGCGUGCGUGCGUGUCUUUUUACCGUCGUACGAUCCGUUCCACGUCACUCUGGAAGUCUCGUGAGUUGCAGAUUGUUCGUGGAGCUCGUGAGUCUUCACCCAGGACGCUUUAAAUGAAUGUCGUUAAUUUCGUGCCAUAAUAAUUGAAGGUUACUGUUUACAUUUAAGAGAUUAUUGUAAUGUUUCAAACGUCUACGAAUUUUAUGGAAUAUUGAUUUAUUGUAAUACGUCUGUUGAUUAUAUUUUUACAUGUUUAUAUGAUGUUUGUGUUCGCGGACGAAACGUUUGUUACAUUUGGAAUUUGUUUUUUGAGACUUUCGAAGUUACCAAAAUGUAUUUAAGAGUUUUCUCAUCUCGCUGCGGCUUCAGACCGAGAUUAUACAGUCGAUGACGUAGUACAAGUGUGACGUCGUAGGUGCCACUGUGACGUCACCGCCGAAAGGCCGCAAUGUUUUUAUUUUUGUUAUUUUAUUAUACAGUUGUACAUUAUAUCGUAUGGUUUUAUACGAGUCGCCGGUUGAGAACCGGCCGUCCGUGCAAUCAAAUAAUACUUAUAUAGAGCGUUCGUGUCGCCUCGAGAGUUGUUUUGACUCACCUUUAAAUGUUUAUAUUUUACGCUUCCGAGAGGCGCGUCUCAGCCAAAGAUUAUAUAUAUAUACACAUAUAGUAAAGAAUAGGCUGAGGCGGCUGCGAGCCCAGGCCCGCUCUCGCCCGCCCUCAGCCGCCCUCAGCCCAGCCGUACCGUGUGUUUAUCGAUGGUAGCCAGCGAGAGCGUGUGUGUUGGCGCCCGAGUGCCACGUGUGUUUGUCGUUUGUUCACUGGUCACAUUUAGAAACACCUUAGCUGGAUAACUAAUACCUAUGAUAUAGUUAUAUGAUGGAGUCAAAUAUGUAAAUGUAAUCCUACAUGUCUAUUAAAACGAUCAAAAUAGAUUACA